UCGCUUCAACUUCCACUCAGAGAGGACACAAAGAUUUAAGAAGAAAACGAUGGUGGUAACAGAAUCUGAGUUAAAUUCACAAGGUGAGGUCGAGUCGCCAUUACAACCGGACCAACAACAAACCAAGAACCAUGCAUUCUCGUCUCUUGGCAGACAAUCCUCUAUUUACUCCCUCACAUUAGACGAGUUCCAGCACACUCUUUGUGAGAGUGGCAGGAACUUCGGUUCAAUGAACAUGGACGAGUUUCUUGCCAGUAUCUGGACUGCCGAGGAAAAUCAAGCCACGGCCACUUCUGCCAACAUGAGCGGUAACAAUCAAAUCAUCAUCGACAACAAUGCAAGCCAGGUUUUGAAUGAUCCAUAUGGUCAUAGAGGCGCAUCUCAGCAGCCCAGUUUGCCUAGACAAGAAUCACUCUCUUUGCCAGCACCUCUGUGUAGGAAAACAGUGGAGGAAGUUUGGUCUGAGAUUCAUAAAGAGCAGAUCAGUGGUGCUGAAAAUAGAGGUGGCAAUGUGCAAAAUCCCAAGACUGCCCCUCGUCAGCCGACUUUUGGGGAGAUGACACUAGAGGAUUUUCUGAUCAAGGCAGGGAUUGUGAGGGAACGAUGUACUGCGCCAUUUCAGCAACAACAACGUGGGUUGUACGAGAGUAACAACAAUAACCGGGCUGCAGCAACAGGUUUCGUGGCUAGACCUAUUUUAGGCAUGGCUGCGGGGGGUGGGGGUGGUGGUGGUGGUGUUAUGCAUCAAGGCAUAGGAGAGUCAUCUGGUAGGAAUGGUGGUUAUGCUGGGAGAGCAGGGAAUGGUGGUGGGUAUGGGCAGGGUCAUGGAGUGGGAAUGGUUGCACCACUGAGUCCAGCGUCAUCAGAUGGAAUGGUUACUAAUUUUGAUAAUUCAGGAAAUCAGUUUGGGAUGGAUAUAGGGGGGAUGGGACGGAAGAGGAUUAUUGAUGGGCCGGUGGAGAGGGUGGUGGAGAGGAGGCAACGGAGGAUGAUCAAGAAUAGAGAGUCUGCUGCGAGGUCUAGAGCUAGAAAACAGGCCUAUACAGUUGAACUAGAAGCUGAACUGAAUCAAUUAAAAGAGGAGAAUAAGCAGCUUAAACAUGAUCUGGCAGAGCUUGAAAGGAAGAGAAAGCAACAGUAUUUUGAGGAAUCAAGGAUGAAAGCGCGCACGAAGGCCCACAAGACUAAAGAGAAACUGAGGUUGACGAGAAGGAGCUCGAGCUGUCCGUUGUGAUGGCAAGUGAAAGUUUAAUCUGCGAGUCGGUUUUUCAUGAGUAUUAUUUGUUUUAGAUCCUUUUCUUCUUGUUUGUAAUUUCAUUCUCUGUGUCGUUU